AUGCCUAUCGACCCUCACCAAGGCGGCACCCUCUCCGAAAUGGCCACGGGCACUACCAUGCCCAACGACGCCGGUAUCCAAAGAACCAUCCCCUCCGUCCCGCGCCCGGACCAAAAGAGCGAAGACCCCCAGUUCGACAAUCAGGGCCUCGCGGAGCCCACUUCUGCCUUUGCCGCGGAUAACGCUACAGACUUGCCCCGGAGCACUAGGGAUAUGGGUGCUACGGGCGAGGUUCUCUCGGGAACGGGAAACUCGAUACCGGCGGAGAGUGAGUCGAAGAGGACGCAGAUUGGGGCGAAUAAUCCCGGCUCGAAGGGGAGUUUGAGGGAUUUUAAGCAUGCGGAAUUGAAUCGGAGUGCGUUUGAUCGGUAUGCGAAGGAGGAUGGCGAUUCGGGGGAGUAUAUUGGGCAGCAUGAGACAAGGAAUGAGUGA